AUGGAUUCCGUACUUUUCCAGAAUCUGCUUCUAGUACUGCUAAUUGGCUCCUUUCUGCUAUUUGUCGUGUGUGUCCUCUGUACUGCUGCAUUCAGUGAUCGUGGCCUAUGCUGCAGAAAUGAUGACGUUAAUCGAGCGACAACAGAGCCACUUGCCCCAGCUGCGAUUGAAAAUAUUGCUUGCGGAAUCUCUUCUGGGCUCAUUCGAAACACAAAUCAGCUUGAAUACUGUCAUAACUUCGCUUCCGGAUUAGCUUCCAAAUUUCUAUCAAAUGUAAAUGAAAAUGGAAACCAGCGGGCCAUAAAUGUUUUUCUGGAUCAAAAUGGCUUAUUGCCAGUUGAAGAUCUGAGAGAAGCGGGACGAAGGUGUGUUGAAGUGGCGGACGCUCAGUCUAGUUCUCCAUUCAGUCGCGCAUCCACCGCGGCAUCAUGCCUUGAACUCGAACUUGCUGGUGCCGAAACUAAAUUGAUAUUUGAAACCGGUAUAUAUGCAGCCGUUUUUUUACUUCCGUUUUCGAAAUUAUUCAUUGAAAUUAUCAAAAUCAAUGAGCAAAUUCUUCGAUUUUAG